AUGGCAGCUCAAAUUUUGCCCUCGGUCGUCGAAGAGCCCAACGCCAAGCAGCAGUCACCGUCGAUCCUACACGGUCCAGUCGACCCUCCCCUGAGCGAUUUGACACUUGGCGAACUCCUCGAACUGCAGUGCCAGCACAAUGGAGAAGCAGAUUGCAUCAGUAUCCCGUGGACGGGCGCUCGCUGGUCCUACGAUGACCUCCGCCGGCAGUCCAGCCUCAUCGCGCGGGCCCUCCUCGACGAAGGGAUACGCCACGGCGACCGGGUGGCGAUCAUGGCUGGCAAUUGCGAGCAGUAUGCGGCCAUCUUCUUCGCAGUGGUGAGGAUCGGCGCCAUCCUCGUUAUUCUCAACAAUACAUACACGCCUUCCGAGGCCAUGUACGGGCUCGAGUUCACGGCAUGCAAGAUAUUCUUCACGACCAAGAAAAUUGGAAGGACAAAUAACGAGCCGCUGCUCGCACAACUUUCAGCCAAAGACGACGCGCCAAAGGUGGUUGUUCUGAGGGGAGACGGCGAGGGCUACAGGACAUACGAGGACAUGAUUCUGCAAGGUAGCAAGCAGGACCCAGCCUGGAUGUACAGAGAGGAAACCAAGGUCUCGACAUAUGACGUUUGCAAUCUUCAAUUCACGAGCGGCACAACAGGCCAUCCCAAAGCAGCCAUGCUCACCCACCAUAAUAUCGUCAACAACUCCCGAUUCAUCGGCGACCGCAUGCGCCUCACUACCGACGAUGUUCUCUGUUGCCCGCCGCCGCUGUUCCAUUGUUUCGGCCUCGUACUCGGCCUGCUGGCCGCUAUUACCCAUGGCGCGAAGAUCGUCUACCCAGCUGAGGUCUUUGACGGUCCCGCAACCAUCCGCGCAAUCCAAGAGGAACAAUGCACAGCCCUGCACGGCGUACCUGCCAUGUUCGACACACUACUGGCUCUGCCAGAGGCGGCAUCGCUAGAAGCAUCCAAUCUGAGGCUGCGAACGGGCAUUAUCGCGGGUGCACCAGUCCCGCGGUACCUGAUGGAGCAGUUGGUGUCGAAGCUGGGCAUGACGGAGUUCACGUCUUCGUACGGACUCACGGAAGCCAGCCCCACGUGUUUCAAUGCGUUCACAGACGACCCGAUCCACACGCGUCUGAGCACGGUGGGUACACUGAUGCCGCACGCGCAUGCCAAGAUCGUCGAUCGCGACGGCAACACCCUCCCUGUCGGCGAGAGGGGCGAGCUGCUGAUGGGCGGGUACCAGCUGUGCGCUGGGUAUUGGAACAACAGUGAAAAAACGGCUGAAGUGAUGACGCACGACGAGAACGGCAUGCUCUGGCUGCACACGGGCGACGAGGCCGUGUUUAAUGAGGAAGGUGGCGAAAAUAUCUACCCUCUCGAGAUCGAGGAGCGCCUCAUGGCACACCCGUCCAUCUCGCUGGCUGUGGUCGUAGGCCUCAAGGACGAGCACUAUGGCGAGGUCGUCGGCGCGUUCCUAGACGGCAAGCCUACGGACAAGGGCACCGAGUCGCACCUCACCAAGGCCGAGGUCCGCGACUGGGUCACGAAGAGGCUUGGCAAGCACAAGGCCCCCGCCCAUGUGUUCUGGAUGGGCGAGGGCGGCGUGCCGGCCACGGUCCCCCUGACGGGUAGCGGCAAGGUGCGAAAGUUCGAGCUGGCCAAGGUGGGCGAGGAGAUCCUUUCCAAGCGAGUAGGCAAGGAGGCCAAGCUGUAG